GAAACGCAGAGCGAACCAUAAUAAUAUACCAACGGCAACAAAAUAAAGGCUCGUCCUACGUACGUAUACGUAUAUUUACGAUAUAUUCCGUAAGGUGGAACACAGAGGUCUAAUCCAUCUUUCAUCUUUCUGCCAUGCUCAAGCUAUUGCGAAGCCCGAGGCAAAGUGCGCUCUACCUUCGGGAAAGCCGCCGUAGCAUCCAUUAUCUACGAGACCUCCCAGUAUCCCCACCGUCUCAGUUGACGAGUAAACCAAGACUAGUACCAUGUGAGCCUUUGAUCGGAGAUUCGUCUGCCAUGGGUGCAGCAAAGUUUCCCCCUGCAGCUCAUCAACUUAAAAAAUGGACCACUGAGCCGACAACGCUUCUUCUAAUACAAAAAAGAAAUGAUCCUCGUACAACAGCUGCUAUGGGUUUCAUCCUGAGUCACAUUCAAGAACACUAUCCUCACCUCAGACUCAUAGUGGAACCACAUACUGCCAUGGAUCAUCCCUCAUUUGACAAUCUGAUUGUUGCGUCACCAGGCGAUCAGGCAUUAUUGCCUCUUCAUACAUCUCUAGUCCUAACUUUAGGCGGAGACGGUACGAUAUUACACGUCUCUAACCUUUUUUCUCAAGGUGAAUGCCCUCCGGUCCUAAGCUUCUCUAUGGGAUCUCUGGGUUUCUUGUUACCAUUUCAUAUCAGUGCUUUGUCAACGGCUCUGGAGAAUACCCUCAAAGGCCCUGUAUCAGUGUUAAACAGAAUGCGGCUAGCAUGUAAACCUAUUGCUGUCGAUGGAGACCCAUUGAACCGAUGUACUGAGAAUGUGAGUGAAGCGGGAUGGCAGGUUAUGAAUGAAGUUGCUCUGCAUCGAGGCCGCAAUACGCAUCUCACUGUGGUGGACACCUACUUUGACGGACAGCAUCUGACUGAGGCCGUUGCUGACGGUAUCCUGCUUUCCACUCCGACUGGAUCGACUGCGUACUCUUUAUCUGCAGGAGGCCCUAUAUCUCACCCGGAAACGGAUGCCUUUCUUCUCACUCCUAUAGCCCCACGAUCCUUGAGUUUUCGUACAGUAAUUCUCCCCGGUCGUGGCGAGGUCAGACUGGAGAUAUCUCCUCUCGCGAGAUCCCCUGCUGAACUCUCUAUAGAUGGGAAGGGAGUGUGCCUGUUGAAUGCAAAGGAAUCCGUCAUAAUCUCCAGAUCGCCCUUUCCAAUCCCUUGCGUAGAAAGAUCCGGCAAUGAAAGUGGCUGGGUGAAGGAUAUCAACUCUUUACUACAAUUUAACGUCGGAUUCAAGAAUAAAAGUUUGAUGGGACACAGCUCUUGAUGAGCUCACUUAUGAAUCCAGUGUUGCUUCACAUUGCAGUACAUAGCAUAGAGGGGCGCAUACUGGCACAGAAGUAAAAAUUAAAUCAAGCCGCCGAACUACUACUACUACAGAGUGAGGGGGAGAGUAGCUUGUAGGGGAGCGGGGAUAUUUCUGGUAAUCGGAGGCUGCAGGAGGAGAUGAGAAGCGAGCCGUUGGAUAUGAGGAGAGGAGUUUGUUCGGAUCUUCUUACUUAAGUUUAAUUAGGAAAUUAUUACGAAAAAAACAUAGAUAAUUAGUAAAUAUGAAAUGGACACCAUUGAAUUUAUUGGGGGAAUUCAAAUUUUGAAGUUAAUUUAAAAUAAGUAUGGUC